AUGGACGGUUAUCCGAUCACGAGCGAAGAUCCGGACGUGCGGCAACAGUUUGCGGAAAACAUCUUCCAAAUAUUACGUCCCUUGACCGCGUCGGAGAUGCCACGAACCAACCGACCCGAGGGCGAUGAAUCAUCCGAAUGCAGCGCCCUUUCCGAUCCAUUCUCUGAUCUGGAUGAAUCGUACAUACUGAUGGAUCUGCGGAAGAAGAAACCUGGAGUGGACGAGAGCGAUGAGUUGCUGCUGAUGAAUCAAUUUACACCCGAGUUCCGGAGCGCCUACGACGAGCUGAUGGGUGCGGGUCGUCUCCGGAAGCCGGAUAAAGCCCAAGUGGAACCGGCAUCGAGCGAUUCCUGUGCCGGUUGCCCGGAUUUGCAGACGGCCACUGAUUUCAGUCCCAAGUUCCGGUCGUUUAUCGACGAGAUGCUGCACAAGUGUGACCUGCAGCAUCAUCAGGAGGAGAAGAAGCGCCGGGAGCAGCAACAGUUGCUUCAGCAGCGUAAGAAAGGUCGAGUGCGGGCGAUCGUGUCGGAAGAAUCGUUCUGCGGGCUGGAAACGGAUUCCAUGUCCGGGAUGUGGCGUAUGCUGGAUGCGAUGUCGGAAAACGAACGGGAACUUUUCCCAACAUCCGGACCGCACUACGAUCUGUACUACGAUCGACGAUUCGACUGGAUGACGCGGGACGAGAUCCCGUGGGAACAGAUCGAAACAUCGAAAAAGAAGUGCGAACAGUGGUUGAAAAUUCCCGGCCAAACGGAUUUGACGGAUAGCACCAGACCGGUGAAACAAAAUCUUUAG